AAAAUUCAUCUUGAUUUUUGCAUGCAAAUUGAACCAAAAAUAUCACCAUGAAGGGAGGUGGAGGAAGUGGUUUUUCCAAUCAGAAUAAUGCUGGCAAUCAUCAAGGAGAUGGAUACAACAGGGGUCAAAGCGGGCAAGCAGGGCAUCAUGGGAGCCAGGGAGGACAUCAUGGAAGUCUAGGAGGACAUCAUGGAAGUCUAGGAGGAAUCCAUGGAAAUGAAAGUGGACAUAAUGAGAUCCAAGGUGGACAUCAUGGAAGUCUAGGAGGACUCCAUGGAAAUGAAAGUGGACAUAAUGAGAUCCAAGGUGGACAUCAUGGAAGUAAUCCAUCCACGGAUCAUAUCCAUGGUAGGGGUCAUUCCUAUCCCACCUAUUCUUCCCACACCUUCAAUCCAGAAUCCGAUCCGGAUUUUUCAGAUGACGAUUUGGAAAUCGAUGGUGAACUUUAUCUAAAUCCUGGUGAGCCAUAUGGUGCAGAUAUGUUGCCAGUGGAUGACCCGUACAUUCACUUAGAAAAGGCCGAAGAGGCAAAUCGUGAGUGGUUGACAGGACCUUUGAGACCUCGUAAAACUAAUAUCAAGGUUCGCUUCUGGGAAGAGGGCAAUGAAUACUAUGAUAUUGAAGAGAAUGACAGUCCAUCCGUUUACAAUAUGGCAAGUGAACGAUCCUUAAAUGCUAGUAAACAACGGGAGAGACAAAACUCGCCGCUAAAUACUUCACAAGGAAGCUCGGAUAGGCGAGAAUCUCCUCAGAAAUGAUCAUUCACAAACA